AUGCUCUACAACAGCGACAUCACCUCUCUGAUCCGCGACACCGAAGCCCACGAGCGCGCCCUCUUCUCCGUACCCCCGCCCCCGCCUCCCGCGACCUCCCAGAACCCGGACCCGAAGCCCAACACCCGCCGCCAGACCGUCUUCAACGUCGCCUCGGGCGAGGUCACGACCGGGCCCCCAAACAACCGCGGCGUCGGCGGCGGAGGACCGCGCAGGCAGACGGCCGUCUCGGCGGUGCUGGGCGGCGACCUGCACAGCCAGCUGCGCCGUGGCGAGCGUCAGGCGGCUAUCAAGGGCGGCGAUGUCGAUGUCGAGGUCCUGCUGGAGGGUGCGACGAAGCUUUGUGGCGUCUAUGCGCUGCCCGGAGCUUUGGAGAAGAUCCCGCAGCUGAGGCAGAGAUAUGCGCAUCAGACCAACACGCUGGCAUACUACGAGGCCAAGGUCGCCGAGCACCAGGCCGCUCUGGAGAGGAUGAACAAGGAUCACUGGAUGGGAGAUGACAACGAGCCGGAAGAGGACGACGACGACGAUGACGAUGAAGCCAUGACAGAAGAGGAUCUGAGGGCCGAGGAAGAGACGUUGCGCGAUCUUGACAGGAAGAGGAGGGAGUUGCAACAACGGCUGAAGACCAUGGACGAGGACUUGAACGGAUUAAUGGGUUGA